UCUCAGAUGGGUACUCUUCAGUCCACACUAUUCUACUUGAUUUUACUACAUUCAUGGAAGAUUUCAGCUAACAAGGAAGGAGAAUGGAAGUCUGCAACGGCAACAUACUCCAAAGACAGAGAUGGGUCGCUCAUUACAGAAGGAGCUUGUGGUUAUGGAGACCUUCACAAGGCUAGUUAUGGGAGAUAUAGUGCUGGGUUGAGCACUAUCCUGUUCAGCAGAGGGAGUACCUGUGGGGCUUGUUAUGAAAUCCGAUGUGUAAACCACAUCUUGUGGUGCUUGAUAGGAAGCCCGUCUGUGAUUCUUACUGCUACAGAUUUCUGCCCUCCAAACUAUGGACUUUCAGCAGAUUAUGGUGGCUGGUGCAAUUUUCCGAAGGAGCAUUUUGAGAUGUCAGAAGCAGCAUUUGCUGAGAUUGCCAAGAGAAAAGCUGAUAUAGUGCCGAUUCAGUAUAGAAGAGUGAAGUGUCAAAGAAGUGGUGGCCUGAAAUUUACAAUGACAGGUAAUUCCCACUUCUACCAAGUCCUAAUUACCAACGUAGGGUUGGAUGGUGAGGUAGUUGCUGUGAAGGUGAAGGGAUCAAGAACAGGGUGGAUACCCAUGGCCAGGAACUGGGGACAAAACUGGCAUUGCAGUGUCGAUCUUCAACGACAACCUCUGUCCUUUGAGGUGACCAUCAUUGGUGGAAGAACACUCACAUCUUACAAUGUUGCCCCAGCAAACUGGCAAUUUGGACAGACGUUUGAAGGAAAGCAGUUUCAGCAAUAGAAAAUUCAGGAGUCUGAUUUCCUAAGGCGGAAAGCAAAGUGUGACUCUCGAAUCAGUCACCAAAAACGCAAGCUUACUCGUAUGUUUUCUUAGGAUUAAUGAAUCUGAACUCAGAUUCACUAAACUUCUCUAUAAUUUUAUGAAACACAAAUUCAGGUCCUGCGGGGGGAAAUUUUGAAAAGAGGUAGACCUUCGGAACAAAAUUCGUUUUUUGUUUUUCGCUUCUUAUCCUUCUUGGAAUCCAUUUUUGUUGCUUGAGAAUAGUUUACAUCCUUAAAUCCUC